GAGCGGGCGCGCUGCCCUCCUCGCUGGAUGCUGCGGCGGCCGCCCGGGAGCAGCCGCGCUCCGCUCCCGGUCCCCCACCGCCCGUGCCGAUCAGGGGCCGAGCUCGCCGGGAGCAGCAGCGCUCGGUCUCUGCUGCCGGGACCAGCGCGGCGCGGAGAUGGUGCCGCUGGUGCGGAGCGCCGGGGGCUCCCACCAGUGGCUGACGAUCGCUUUCCUCGGCCUUUGCUGGUUCCUUGCUUCCGGGAGACUUGCUGCGCCGGGCGGAGACUUCCCCGGGGCUGCCGUGGACAAUCUGGUGGUCAGGAAAGGGGACACGGCGGUGCUUAGGUGUUACUUGGAAGAUGGAGCCUCCAAAGGUGCCUGGCUGAACCGGUCAAGCAUUAUCUUUGCUGGCAGUGACAAGUGGUCAGUGGAUCCCCGGGUUUCCAUCGCCACAGCCAACAGGAGGGAGUACAGCCUGCAGAUCCAGGAUGUAGAUGUGACCGACGAUGGGCCCUACACUUGCUCUGUGCAGACCCAGCACACCCCCAGGACCAUGCAGGUGCACCUAACUGUGCAAGUGUCUCCCAAGAUAUUCCGCAUCUCCGGUGACAUCAAUGUGAACGAGGGCAGCAACGUGACCCUGGUGUGUCUGGCCACAGGGAAGCCGGAGCCUUCCAUCUCCUGGAGGCACAUCUCCCCGUCUGCAAAGCCCUUUGAGAGCGGGCAGUACUUGGACAUCUAUGGAAUUACAAGAGACCAGGCGGGGGAAUACGAAUGCAGCGCAGAAAAUGAUGUCUCAGUCCCAGAUGUGAAAAAAGUAAAAGUCACAGUAAGCUUUGCCCCCACAAUUCAGGAACUUAAAUCCAGCGGUGUGGUGCUUGGAGGGAACGGCCUGAUACGGUGCGAAGGUGCAGGAGUUCCUGCCCCGAACUUUGAGUGGUACAAAGGAGAGAGGAAACUGAUCAAUGGUCAACAAGGAAUCACUAUUAAAAAUUAUAGUACAAGAUCACUUCUUACUGUUACCAAUGUGACAGAAGAGCACUUUGGCAACUAUACUUGUGUCGCUACCAACAAGCUAGGGACGACCAAUGCCAGCCUGCCUCUCAACCAAAUUAUUGAGCCUACUACCUCUAGUGCUGUCUCAAGCCCAGCUCCCAGUACAGCCCAGUAUGGGAUCACCGGUGAUGCCGAAGUCCUCUUCUCCUGCUGGUACCUUGUGUUGACACUGUCCUCCCUCAGUAGCAUAUUCUACCUGAAGAACAUCAUUCUGCACUAAAUGUAAAGACCCAUAAAAGGCUUUUAAGGAUUCCCUGAGAGUGCUGAUGACUGGCUCCAAUCUGGUAGAGUUUGUUAAAAGCAGCGUGGGAUAUAAUCAGCCGUGCUUACAUGGGGAUGAUCGCCUUCUGUAGAAUUGCUCAUUAUGUAAAUACUUUAAUUCCCCUCCUUUUUUUUUGAUUAGCUGCAUUACCUUGUGAAGCAGUACACAUUGUCCUUUUUUAAGACGUGAGAACUCUGAAAUUACUUUUAGAGGAUAUUAAUUGUGAUUUCAUGUUUGUAAUCGACAAGUUUUCAAAAGCAUUCAGUCAUGGUCUGCUGAGUUGCAGACUGUAGUUUACAAAAGAAAAAAGGAUAUUGCAGUAAAAAUGUGCUUCUUUAAGGCUGCAAUACAAACAUUCAGUUCCCUUCUUGACCACCAUUCUCUCCACAUUUACACAGAAGCAUUUAUUCUUUUUUGAGUAAAAAAAAAAAUCAAAUAAUAUUGCCUUCAAAGUACUUCUUCAAAAUAUUACACAUAUCUAGAUUUUCUUCUAGCAUGAUAUUCAGGUUUCAAGAAUGAGCCUUGUAUUAUAACUGCGUUGUGCAGUACUGCUUUUGUUCUCUUCCCUUUUUCCUGCAAAUUCAGCAUGGUUGUGCCUUCAUAAAACACGACUUUCCUCUUCCUCUCCAACAAAUCUGGAAUGUGUUUUGGGAAAUGCUAAAGCAUCCUUUUGAGCAUAAGAAAUCUCUAGCUGAGGAUGAAGGUGCUACAGGCUACAAGGAAAACCUCCUCUCCCAUCUCCAGGAGGUCCACGAGCUGCUCCACACACAGGGUUUAGGUCAAGGAUAGCACCAAGUCCUUUUUGUUUUUACCUCCACCACCACUAACCAGUAGGUGAUCUCUGUAAAAAUUAGUUUUCCCAUUACAAAACACAACACAAAUUAUUUUGAGGCAUCUUUUGAAUGUAGGAAGGUUUCCUGUACUCAUCCUAAAUCCAAAUUCCUACAUGACUGUAAAUGGCAGAAGUUGAAUUGUCCCCUUUUGUAUUACCGGCAAAACUGAUGGGAAUUGGUAUUUUUCUUGCACUUCGUUUUGUACUGGUUUGGCUAAUUUAGCAAUGAUAAAGGAUGCUUUUAAAUCUUAGAUAUCUGAAAAUACACAAAGUAUCAAACAGAAUUUUAUAUAUAUACAUAUAUCUAUUAAAAGGAGGUUGCUCCAGUAAUGGUACUGAAGUGCAUGUUGCCGUCCACAGUAGGGUCAUCCUUCCAGGCAGGACUUGUGCUCGCACUGUGCAGGUCCCUCCCCCAGCAGGGCAGUCCCCCCACACCAUUUCCUAGUCCUGCAGCCCAUGAGGAUCAAGUUUCAAAACAGUGCAUAAUGUUGCUUUUAUUUUUUAAAACCCCUGGACAGUGUUACCGUGAAAUGUGCUCACAGUUUACACCUGAUUUCAAACUGCCAUCUGUGGGGCUUGCUGGGGCACGACUGUGGCCAACAGUCCUUGAGUCCCAGGUGCCCUGGUGACCCCAAGACAUCUUGACUUGCUCUCAAACAACUAUUGAUGACACUAAUAGCAAAACCAUUAUCCCAGAAUCCCAGACUGGGUUGGGUUGGGAGGGACCUUAAAGCUCAUCCAGUCCCACCCCCUACCACAGGCAGAGAUACUUUCCACUAGACCAGGUUGCUCUAAGCCCUGUCCAGCAUGGCCUUCGACACUUCCAGGGGUGGGGCAGCCCCCACUUCUCACCAUGAUCAUUCCCAUGUUCUGUGUAUGAGCUCAAGUAGCGGACACAAACAUUACAGUACAACAUUAAUUCUCCUCACAGCAGGUUUUGGCAGAGAGCAGCACCAGCUGAGCCCUGGGUGUACUCAACAGUCCCAAACAGCACAGAUAUCCCAUUUUUUUGUCAAGGAGGACUCUGAGUUUUGCUACACUCAAUAUCUGCUGUCCCAGUGUGCAGCCAGAAUAUGCAGUGAAUCUGCUGUAGUUGCUGAUAAAGGGCAUAAACAGAGGUAUGUUGAAUCCAAAGAGGUGUCCUGGGUCACUUUACAGGUUCAGUGACAAACCAAACUAUGUCUCCCGUUAUUUGCAGCUGUGUGCUAAGCAGUCACUAUUUUCAGAAAUGUGGCAUUUUUUAAAACCUGGAAUAACAUGACAAAAUCCAUUCUGUAAGGAAAGAGUACAAAUUCAACUAAAAUUAUAUUGCACACAACCCUAAUACUCUGAUCUCUAUUGUAUUGCAGCUUUAAAGUGCUCUGUUUUAGAAUCCAUUCACUAUGAAACAGUGGUGCUGCAGGAAGAAUUGUGGCAGUACAGUUUGAUAAAGAAAAAAAAACAAGGUUAGGGAUAACUCAACCCAUAUGCCUCAUCUCAUAUGGAAUUGAGAGGUGGUUCUAUGCUGUGGCUGGAUCAGAUCCUGCAUUUUGGUGAUAUAUUGCAUUCCAGGGAUCCCUGAUAUCUGGAACCUGAUCUUUCCAGCAACAGAACAGAAUGAACAGCAGCUUUAUUAAAUAUAGAAAGAUAAUACAUAGUUAAGUGUUGACUGUUUGCAUUCGGACCAGGUAGAACCACUGGAUGACAGGUACAAGGUUUUUAGUCCUAUGUUUGAAUUUUUGCUUGGGGGGGGACAUAAUUAUUGUCAGGUCCAAAAAGAAGAAAAAAAAAUCCAGCCAAAUUCCCAAAUAUCUUUAGGUGCCAAUGGCAUUCCUUUAGUGACACAGGGAUUGCCGUCUGUGGGAGCUGCGUGCUCAGCAGUGACCUGGGAGUGGGUGGAUGAGGCUGCUGGGAUGGGUGUCCUCAGAGUCUGUAGAGUUUGGUCUCCUGAAGGUGCUCUGAGACUCUGCAACCCCAAUUAUGGCUGAUUUGGAGCUGGAGGCAGAGUGGAUCAAAUAAAGACACUUGGUUCUUGGUGAAUCCGUGCUGGAUGCUUGGUGAAUACCUGGUGAUUGUACAGGCUGGGACUUACCAGAAUGUUCUCUCAAAAUGGGCCGGGAUGCAAAUUGAACACAACAUUCCACAUUUUAGGAACUGUAGAAUGAGAGAAUAUUCUGUGUUGGAAGGGGCCUUAAAGCCCAUCUCGUUCCAACCCUGUAAUUUGUGGGGUGCGCUUUAGCCAACUGUUUGAGUGUAUGUUCUUCAAAGUUCUGACCCAUAAUGUUCAUAUCUGUCGGGGAAAUCUUAUUAUAUUUAUUCCUACCUUUCAAAUGCAAAAAAUAAAUGGCUUAGCUGAAUGUUUAUAUCAAGGUUGUUGUCCACAUUGGAACCCCCAAAGUCUGGAAGUUCCUCCUUGUGCAGUAGCUUGGGGCUGCCACCCCCAAGGCUCUGGGACCACGCAGAGCAGUGGCACUGCUGGUCGGGAAUGUGAUCCUAAUACUCAAUGAAAGGAUGUCUCACAAGUCCUGCAACAAAUGCAGUUUGUUUCUCAAGGGUUUAGAACUUGGCAGGAUCCAUCAGAGCUAGACAGCUUUUUUUUAAACUGUUCAAUAGAUUUUUUUUUUCUAAUUGUUGCUGUUUUUAAGACACAGGAGUGUUAAAACCCAUCACAGUGACAGCUGCUUUUUUGCACAUUUUCUGAGCAAGUGUUCUAGAUAGACAAUGGCAAAUGUUCUGCUACCAAAACCUCCACUGAGUCCACGGAACUGUGUUAUGAAGAAUGUGUAUACCAAAAUAUGUAUUUACAUGGAUAAACAAUAUGCCUUAAAGACUAAAUAUGCAUUUACUUCUAAGGCUGGAUCAGAUUUGUGCCCAGUCUGGAGGUAAAUAAUCCAUAUUUCACAGCUGCCAUGGAAGGCUUUGUUUCUUUGGAGAAAAAAGGGAAGAGAAAAAGCAUUUCUUUUAAAAGAAUCUUAAAUAAUUUUAAAAUUCUUGCAUAAACUGAUAUAUGUGAGGAAGUUUAGAAAAAGUAUGGAGUUUAGCCUGACACUUCAGCACUGGCAAUGCAGGGUUUGCCAUGGGGGCUGUGGUGCCACCCAAAACCUGGCACAUCCCCUUUGAUGUCCCCUUGUACACUCAACUCCCUCAGGUGGCCCUGAGCUGGGGCAGAGUGAGGGGCCUGGGUGCCCCCCCAUCCCUGCAGGAAUGGGGCCACCUCCCCACUCCAUGCUACUGCUGGCAACACAAAAUCCUUUAACACAAGAAAAUGCUACAGAAAAAAUAGAAUUU